AUGGUCUAUUAUUCUUUGGCAGAGUCUGUUUUGAAUUAUGGUAUUUUGUGUUGGGGCUCAGCUUGCGAAUCAGUCCUGUUACCACUAAAAAUAGCACAAAAGUAUGUACUAAAAAUAUUAUUAUUUAAACCUAAGAUGUAUUCCACUGAUCUACUGUUUUCUCAAACCGAAUUCUUAAACUUGAGGCAACUUUAUUGCGUUAGAGUCAUACAGUUUUCUCUAAAUUAUAAAUUGUUCCAAGAUACAGUUAAUCACUCGAUACAAACUAGGGCGGUGACCGAAAUAAAACUUUAUACCUCUCUACAGAACUAUUCAACCACUCAGAGAAAUAUUUUAUUCACGGGACCCAGAUUAUUGAACUUGCUACCACUCGAUAUUAAAAAUAAACAAAACUUAACAAAAACAACAAAAAAUAAAAUAAAAGACUGGGUGAAAAUAAACUACACACUCAUAAAAAAAUCAAUAGUCUGGUUCUCCGAAUGA